AGCCUCUCGAUCCCGCGGGCUCCAGCAUUAGUUGUCAAUAUCUCUCGCAGUGGCUCCGCGCCCCCGGGCCGCCCACUCCGCCGGGGGCAAGACUCCGAGGACCGCAUUCAGUGCUGACCUCGACCGGGUCCAUUCCUUUCUGACCAAACUGUUCACCCACGGUGGAAGGGACCAGGCAACCAAAUGGAGACGCCACCAGUCAGUCCAGUGGGAGAAAAGGACACCCCUCAGCCGCAACAACAAAGGGAAAAGAACUCCCGGGAGAACUUUGAUUCGACUACUCAGAUUAGGCAGCAGCCCCGAAACCCUCCUACUGAAACCCUUGAUCUGGGAAUGAGUCUAGAUCCAGCCAGCCACAUUCUAGAGAAUACUCAAGACACUGAAAAACUUGUCGCUGAACUUGAAGGAGACUCUGAUAAGUCUCGUGGAUCAACCAGUGAGAUGCCAGAAGCCCUUCAAGCUUCUGAUCUCUGGUACUGUCCCGAUGGGAGCUUUGUCAAGAAGAUCAUAAUCCGUGGCCGUGGUUUGGACAAACCCAAGCUAGGCUCCCGCUGCCGGGUACUAGCUUUUGGGUUUUCUUUGGGGUCGGGGCCGCCAGAGGGCUGGACAGAGCUAACAAUGGGUGUAGGGCCAUGGAGGGAGGAAAUUUGGGGGGAACUCAUAGAGAAAUGCUUGGAGUCCAUGUGUCAAGGUGAGGAAGCAGAGCUUCAGUUCCCUGGACACUCUGGACCUCCUGUCAGGCUCACACUGGCCUCCUUCACUGAGGGCCGGGACUCCUGGGAGUUGGAGACCAGCGAGAAGGAGGCCCUGGCCACCGAAGAACGUGCAAGGGGCACAGAACUAUUUCGAGCUGGGAACCCUGAAGGGGCUGCCCAGUGCUAUGGACGAGCUCUUCGCCUGCUGCUGACUUUACCCCCACCUGGCCCUCCAGAACGAACUGUUCUUCAUGCCAAUCUGGCUGCCUGUCAGUUGCUGCUAGGGCAGCCCCAGUUGGCAGCCCAGAGCUGUGACCGGGUGUUGGAGCGGGAGCCUGGCCAUUUAAAGGCCUUAUACCGAAGAGGGGUUGCCCAGGCUGCCCUAGGGAACCUGGAAAAAGCAACUGCUGAUUUCAAGAAGGUGCUGGCUAUAGACCCCAGAAACCGGGCAGCCCAAGAGGAGCUGGGGAAGGUGGCCAUUCAGGGGAAAAAACAGGAUGCAGGGCUGGCUCAGGGUCUGCGCAAGAUGUUUGGCUGAUUAAAAAUCACACCCUAAAAGAGA